AUGGCAAGCAAAGAUAUCACACAACUUUGUCCCAAUCAAACAGGUGCAAUAGUAUGGUAUGAUUUAUGCAUGUUAAGGUACUCAGAUCAGUUCAUCUUCUCAACUAUUCAAGAAAAUCCAACUUGGUAUUUGUGGAAUGUCAAUUAUGUGUCAAACCCAGUUCAAUUUAAUCAGACUUUGGCAGAUUUAAUGAAUAACCUUGUGAACCAAGCUAUCUUUGGUUCUUCCACUCGAAUGUUUGCAGCUGGGUCUGUAAAUUAUACAAGCACCUUUGAGAAGAUUUAUGGGUUAGUUCAGUGUACUCCUGAUAUAUCUCAGAAUGAUUGCAAUAAAUGCUUAGUUGAAGCUGUUGGUGAUAUCCCAAAUUGUUGCAAUGCAAAGCAAGGUGGGAGAGUUCUCAUGCCCAGCUGUAAUUUGAGGUUUGAGCUCAAUGAUCCUUUCUAUGAAUCAAUUGCUGCUCCACCACCUCCAUCACCUCCUUCAACUCCUCCUCCUCUUUCCUUGCCUCCACCGGCAAACAGUACAGUAACACAGGGUAUGUUAUGCUUUUAG